AUGGGCUAUAAAGCUGCAGAGUCAACUCAAAAGAGGUUAAAAUGGGUUGGCAUUCUGCUUGCAUUUCCAUUUUACUGGGCUAUGAAUGUUGGCGUGGAGCCUUUCUAUACACAUAAACACCAGUUUCACAAGAAGUGCCAACUCAACUCUUAG